GCAGGAAUGGGUGAUAAACACCAUGUUACCAAACACACUACUGGGGCAAAGUCUUCCUAUAUAACAUCUUUAUAAUUAUAGAACAGAGUUGUAAAGGAGAAGUUUGUCAUUUCCUUUUUUUUCUACCCCUUUAAACAAUAGAUAUAGCUACAUAACGAGCCUCCUAUCUGUGAUGUAAGUUUCACACAUGUACACGUGCAGGCGGCUCGUAAAAGUGCUGCUGUUGCAAAACAAAUGCCUUUAAAUGAGAGGAAGCCCCUCCUUGGCACCAAGCCCCCUCAGUGGUCCAACUAGUAAAAAAGGCAGAUUUUAGACGUUUCUGUUCACUUUUCUGCUGAUUUCCUCUCUGAAAGGCUGAACUGGAAGCAAUGGCGAGACACAACAUCAGCCUCCUGAUAGCCAUUGUGCUGUCACUGGUCGUCUACAUCAUCACUAUGGUGUUUUCUGUUCUGGCCGGACCUGGAAUCUCUCCAUUCUCGUCCAGCACUAGUAACGUGUCGGAUGAGUUCGUGACCCAGAUCACACCCUCCGGUUGGACCUUCAGCAUUUGGGGCAUCAUUUAUGUGGCUCUGGCAUUAGUUUUGCUGUACAUCCUCUCUGGACUCUUCAGAAAGAACGCCUAUGGUUACGUGUACUGCAGCCCCGCUGUGCUUUCAUAUGGCUUUUUUGGGGCUUGGUGCCUGAAUCUGGCUAUCAAUACCGGAUGGUUGUUUUUAUGGGAUCGACGAAUCAUGCCUGCUGCCCUGGCCUUCCUCAUUCUCAUCGCCCUCACAAAUUACGCUGUGAUAUUCUUCUCCUGCUGGGGGCUUCACAAGUAUGGAGCGUGGCUCGACAAAUACCACAAAGUAGACCUGUGGCUCCAUCGAGUGCUGAUUCAAAAUGGAGUCGCCAUCUACGCCACAUGGACAACCAUAGCCUCCUUGAUCAACCUGAAUAUUGUAUUAGUGUACGACGCUGGAGUGUCCAGCACUGAUGCCUCCACUAUUGCACUUUCCAUUUUAACUGUGGUGUUGGUUGUAUGGUUCAUCCUGGAAAACUCUGUUCUGGACAAACACGUGAGGCUCAUUCUCUCCAUUUAUCCGGUUGUGAUUUGGGCGCUGACGGGCGUGUACACAGAAACCUACAAUCCUGCUGCUCCCACUCGCAACAACAUCUUUAUUGUUUCCUUGCUGGGAAUCUCCUGCCUUCUGUUUGUUGUCCGUCUCCUUCUGGUCGCCUGGAGGCAAAUCAAACAGCCGCUCUACAGGGAUGUCGACCCAGACCUCACGUCUCCAAUGGAAAUAGCAGAAAAGCAGAAAAAAUUUGUUCUCAAUUGAGAUUUUUGAGUACAAAAAGGCUAAACAAAUGCACUAUUUUCUAAUUAUACUUUUAGUUUUUCUACAAAAGACUAAAAUUUCUAUUUAAUACAUGUCUGUAAGUGUUGUGAUGAAUGCUGAAAUUAAAUAAACCACUAUAUAUUCUCCUUAUAUUAUAAUAAAACAUGUAAUAUUCUGAUAGUAACAACCACUUCAAAACUCAACUGAUUAUAUUUAAAACACGACUGUCGGAAAUGUUUCUUGUUUUUGUUUAUUUGAUCUUUCAUUUUUGUAUUUUCUAUAUUUCUUUAAAUAAAUUUGAACUCAAUUUUUUGACUUGUAUUUAUUUUACAACUUCAAACCAUUUGUGGCAAAUUAGUAUAAUUAUUUGAAUAUUUUAUAAAACAUUCCAAAAUAAAUUAUCCGUUUUUCAUAAAGAAAUGUCACAAUUUUAGCUUUUUUUAAAU